AAAAAAACUUUUUGUUUUCCUUCUUUUUCCUUUCUUUCAUCUGCAACAGCAUACAAAUACCCAUCAGAGUCGGUGAAAAAUCAAACAAAAAAAACGUUACUUUCUUUUCAAUCUCGCAAAUGGGUAUCCUCAGAACAAAACAAACACUCUCAUUUCUCAUUCUAUUCAAUCUUUCAUCACUUGUUUUCACAACAACCGAUAACACAAACGUUGUCUACAAAGGUUGUUCAGAGCAAAAACUACCACAACAAUCUUCACCAAAUCUCCAAUCACUGCUAUCAUCUCUUGUAUCAGCAUCAGCACAAAAAACUUUCGCCGCCACAACCACCGGCGACGGUCAAAGCGCAGUCACUGGUGUUUACCAAUGCAGAGGUGACCUUUCAACUUCUGAUUGUUAUCUUUGUGUCAGCAAAAUUCCAAGAAAGAUAAGUAAGCUUUGCGGCGAAGUUGCGGCGGCGAGAAUUCAGCUCAGUGGAUGUUAUUUAAGGUACGAGGUUGUUGGGUUUAAGCAAGUUCCUAUGACUCAAUUGCUUUAUAAGGUUUGUGGUUCAAAGAAAGUUAAUGAUGGUGUUGGGUUUGAGGCUAAGAGGGAUUCUGGUUUUGGAAUGGUGGAAAAUGGUGUGAAGAAUGGUGGGAAUUUGUUCUAUACAGGGAGUUAUAUGUCUUUGUAUGUUUUGGGUCAAUGUGAGGGUAGUUUGGGAAAUGGUGAUUGUGGUGAUUGUAUUAAGACUGCUGAAGAACAAGCUAAAUUGGAAUGUGGUGAUUCAAUUUCAGCUCAGAUUUAUUUGUUUAGUUGCUUUAUCAGUUAUAGUUUUUAUCCCAAUGGAGUUUCUAGCACAUCUUCUUCCUCUUCAGGAUCAGGAGGGAAUCCACACACAGAGAGGACAGUGGCUCUAGCAGUUGGAGGAGUAGCAGCUGUUGGAUUCUUCGUUGUUUGUUUGAUGUUUCUUAGAUCAGUGCUUAAGAAAAAAGGUGGAAAGUAUUGAGGUUGAAUUGGGUUGUAUAUACCUUAAGAUUCAUAGAUCUAAUUUUAGAAUCUUAUUUAGGUGAAAAAAAUACCUUGAACCUUCGUAUAGUUCUGAUCAAAGGAAUUAAAAAGGGAAUUCUUAUGAUGAGUAGUACUGAAUCUGAUUUGUGGUAUGAAUGAAUGAAGAGAAAAGAGAAAAGUGUUAAGUGUGAGACAAAAGUUUAUUGGGACAUGUGUGAUUACAUCUUUUGUCUUGUCCCCACACCAUAUGACUUUAGUCUUUAGCAAAAUGAGAUUAUGACAUAUUUACAUCUC